AUGCGGGUCAUCAGGGACUUCAUCACUGCGAAGGAGGAGCAACUACUGAUGCUUACUUGCCAUACAACUUGCAGGCAAUCCACGAAUACCGCGAAGUUGAACGCCGAAAGUGGACUCCCCAAAACCGGGCCACGCUGGUUCGCCUCUUGUGAGCUUCCUUCGGUGGUCAGGUCAUGCCCUUCGUGCCCAUCGUGGACUUGGCUGACUCUGGCGCGAUCAAGCCGCACGCGGACAGCACUCGAUUUUGCCUGCUCAGCGACUGAAGCGGAUGACCAAGGAUCCCAUGACUUUGCCAGCUACUCUGCGGAUCUGCUCCUGCCGCGACGGUCGAUCUACAUCAUGAGUGCCCUAGCGCGGUACGAGUUCACUCACGAAAUCCUGGCCAGAGAUCAGAGAGAUGGUGGAAAGGAGGCGACGCGUCUCCGUCAUUUCUCAAAACGAACCUUGAUUGUAGCAUACGUAAAGUAUCAUUUCCUCACAGCUAGUGUACGUGUUCAUAUAUACAAUGAAAAUUUAUUCCGGUUUGGUGAUCAGCUAAUGUUAUACAGACGGCGGACUGCGACGGAUUACACGACGUGAUUCAGCCAUGUAAUAUAUGAUACACUAAAUCAAAUGUACAUAUACAUAGUAUAUCUUAAGCUAACUACUUGUACUUUAUAAAUAUUGGGCUCACCUUUCUCACUCGCUUGAAA